AUGGGAGUGUUGGACGAACUGGCCACCACGCAGGACAGCGGCUUUGGGUGCGCCAUAACGAACCGCUUCGAUCGGCUUCUGGAUGACGAGGCCGACCCGUUUGACCUCCUUCGUGAGGCCCAGGCGGAGAAGCAUAAGAAGAAAAAGAAAGAGGAGCCGAAGAAAGCUGGCGUCGCCAAACCGGGGAAAAAGGAAUCCCAGAAAGACAGGAAGGUUCCCCUCCCCGCCGGCGGAGGAGAUGCGGGUCAGAAGCUGGCUCCUCGUGUGGGACAGAGUGAGGAGAGGAGAGUGGUCUUCCAGGAACGGCGCUACAACGAGAUGGAGACCCCUCUGGAGUACUCCAUCGAAAGGCCCCAGGAGCAGCUGGACCGCAGUGGAAGGGGGGGCCGUGGAGCCCAGCGAGGCCGGCCGGGGCGAGGGGGGGUGUACCCCCGGAAUACGGAUGCUGGUGAUCAGAGGCGGAAGAGGGAGUUUGACCGGCACAGUGGGAGUGUGAGAACGGGAGUCCGACCUGAAGAGAAGAGGGGGGGAAACGGCUCCCACAACUGGGGCUCCAUGAAGGACCAGCUGAGUGCUGUGGGAGAUGGGAGUCCACAUGAGGAAGGCGGCGACUCUGAGGAGGUGCAGGAGGCUGUGGAGGUGGAUGGAGAGCCCUGUGCCCCAGAGGGAGACGGAGAGGCUGUUGUGGAGGUUGCUGUGGAGAUGUCUCUGGACGAGUGGAAGGCAUUGCAGGAACAAAGUCGCCCAAAGACCGAGUUCAACCUGCGCAAAGCUGAUGCCAGUAUGCCGUCCAAAGCUGUGGUUAUCCAUCAGUCACGACACACAGAGGACAUGAGCGAUGGUCUCCAGGAGGAUGAGGAGGAUGGCCACUACUUCCGCCGACCAGCCAAUGACAUCACCUGCAAGGUGGAGAUCAACUUCGGCUGCCUGGAUCGGCCCAUGCGGGGGGGAAGGGGCCGAGGUGGGCGGGGCCGAGUUGGCCCCGCCUCCCACCUGGAGACCGCUCCCCAGCUACAUGCAGAAGCGAUUCUGGCGCCGAACCCUGACGACCCUGAGGACUUCCCCGCGCUGACGGCGGGCGGGCCCUGAGGGGGAGGGGCUACCUGAUUGGAUCGGCGGGGGGCUCACUG